CCAAUCCUCCCCCUGCUUCUCUUCUCCUCCCGCUCCUCCUCUUCCCAGUCCACCUCCGCCACCGCUAGCUUCGACCCUAGUCCGGGGCGAGCCGGCCUGGACGCUGCGCCGCCGCGGGCAGCGAUGCGCAGAGUGUCCGCGCCGCCCCGGGGCCGCCGUGCGGCACCAUGAAGCUCCGCAGCAAGGCGGCAGCGCUGCUCCUGCUCGCGCUGGCCGUGCUGCUGCUAGCGCUGCUGUCCUUGCGCGCCCGCCGGGACCCGGAGCCCCCUGGGUUCCCCGCGCGCCCGGAGGCUGCCCCUCAGCGCCGCCACGCGCCGGUCCCCACGCUCCCUCCGGAGCCCCGCGCCUUCCCCGGAGCCGCUGGCCGGCGCUCCCCCAGGCGCCAGCCCCCACGUCUGCGCCCCCGAGCGGGCCGCCCGCGCGCCGCCAGCCGCGAGAAGUUGGCGAGGAGGCCUGGGGAAACGAGGAGCUUGCACUCUGUGCCACCCGAACUCUGGAUUCACCUGGCCGUGGUGGCCUGUGGCAACCGGCUGGAGGAAACUCUGGUCAUGCUCAAGUCAGCUGUGCUUUUCAGCCACAGGAAGAUGCGCUUUCACAUCUUCACAGAAGAUGCUCUGAAGCCCGAGUUUGAUAAACAGGCGAUCUUAAAGGACGUGGACUCGCUUCUCUACGUGGACACUGACGUCCUCUUUCUGCGGCCUGUGGACGACAUCUGGAAGCUUCUGAGGCAGUUUAACUCCACCCAGCUUGCUGCUAUGGCCCCAGAGCAUGAAAUCCCGAAGAUCGGCUGGUACAGUCGCUUUGCCCGGCAUCCUUUCUACGGCUCUGCCGGGGUUAACUCCGGGGUCAUGCUCAUGAACUUGACUCGCAUAAGAAAUACCCAGUUCAAGAACAGCCUGAUUCCAGCAGGCCUGGCUUGGGAGGAGAUGCUGCUUCCACUCUACCAGAAGUAUAAAAGUGCCAUCACAUGGGGAGACCAGGAUUUAUUAAAUAUUAUUUUUUAUUACAACCCAGAGUGUCUCUAUGUGUUCCCCUGCCAGUGGAACUACCGCCCUGACCAUUGCAUGUAUGGAAGCAACUGCAAAGAGGCUGAACGGGAAGGCGUGUCUGUUCUGCAUGGCAACCGGGGUGUCUACCACGACGACAAACAACCCACUUUCCGAGCGCUUUAUGAAGCCAUCCGGGAUUUUCCCUUUCAGGACAAUCUGUUUCAAUCUAUGUACUACCCUCUGCAGCUGAAGUUUUUGGAGACGGUGCACACCCUGUGUGGACGGAUCCCCCAGGUUUUUCUCAAGCAAAUUGAGAAGACGAUGCGAAGGGCUUACGAGAAGCACGUCAUCAUCCACAUGGGCCCCAACCCCAUGAGCUGAGCCAGUGUCUGGGACCGAGGACGUGGAUCCUUACGCUGCCUGGAUAUUUGUGUGUGUGUGUGUGAAUAUUUAAUGGUGCUCUGUGACUGUUGCGGUUCAAAAGCCUGAUUGUAUUUUCCUAAGUUAAUUAUCCCUAAAAGGGAAUAUGCUUUUCUUUAUUUUCUCCUGAUAUCUCCUGAAUCUUUUUAUUUUUAAAGUUAUUUUAUGAAUCUUAUAUUGUCCCAAUGGGCUGAGAGAGAAAAGGGGAACUUUUUCUAGCCCUCAAAUAUGAGCCCCUGUUGAUAUAUGCAGCUAUCGUGAUAAUCUGGAUUUCUUGAGAAUCUUCCUAUGCAACUUGCUCUCUCAUACCCUAUUAAAAAGCAAUACAUGUUCAGGCUGUAAGAUGGCUCAGGUGGUAAAAUCAUUUGCUACCAAGCCUAACGGCCUGUGUUCGAUUCCCUAUGUAGAAGAUGAAAACUAACUCCACCAAGUUAUCCGCUGACCUGCAUGUAUGUCCACACUCACACCAACAAGUAAAGAAAUGUAGUAUCAUUAAUAAUAACAGGGGCUGGAGAGAAAGUUCACCGGUUAAGAGCACUGACUGCUCUUCCAGAGGUCCUGGGUUUCAUUUCCAGCAUCCACAUAAAUAGCUCACAACCAUCUAUAACUCCAGGUUCAGGGCAUCCAAUGCUCCCUUUCUGUCCUCCACAGUAACUAUGCACGUAAGUAGUAUGCACAGAUAUACAUUCAGGCAUCACGCCCCUACACAUAAAAUAGAAUAACCUUUUUAAAAACUAAAAAAUAAUAAUAUGUUAUGAGACAAACUAACUUGAAGAGAAUAUAGGUCAAUGUGCUACAACCAAGAUUAGAUUAGACAUAAUCCUAUAACCACUUGAAAAAGGUUGUUACCCUUCGAAUGCGUUUCGUUCCAGACUCCUUAAAACUUCCCCUGACUUCUGUAUUUCCCACUGUAACACGUUGAAAACAUACAACCUCAGUAAAGCGAAGGCUGUUUGCGGAGAUUUCAUGUAGGAGACUAAACAGUCAGACGAGAUAAUUACAGCAUGCCGGGUCUGGAAAAGGCUUUCAGACCAGCUAAUUGGGCAGCAUUUCAAGAUGAAGCAUGUGGCCGUGGGUGCAUCUCAGAAGGAUUGCUGAGCUCCACGGAGGGCUCAAUCAUGAGAAAUUUCUAUGCAACAAUAGCUUCUAAAAGAAAGCCCAAGGGGUCUCUUUAGCAAAGAGGUGUGAGUUUGUGUUUUCUCUACAGACAAGAGCACUUGAUUAGACUACUGGGUAGGGGGCAGAAAUCAAAGGACAACUUCAGAUGUUUGUUUGGGUUUUGUUGUUUUCAUUUUUAACUACAUACAUGUUUGUGUCUGUCUGUGUCUGUGUGUCUGUGUCUGUGUCUGUGUCUGUGUCUGUGUCUGUGUCUGUGUCUGUGUCUGUGUCUGUGUCUGUGUACGGGCAUGCAAGUACAGGUGACAAUGGAGGCCAGAAGAGGGGGCAUUAAACCCCCUUGAGCUUGAGUUGCAAUUGGGGAGGCCCCCGACUUAGGCUCUGUGCAUUAAACUUAGGUGCUCUGCAAGAGCAGCACGCGCUCUUAACCAUGGACCCAUCUCCCCAUCCCCUGUGUGAUGUUUUGUUUUGUAUUUUAAAGACAGGGUUUCACAGCCUGCUUGCCUCCACUUCCAGAUAAGUCCUGGAUCUAUAAGUGCCCCCACACCCAGCUCCAGUUUCAGAUUUAAUUUGCUUAAAGUAAAUGUUUCAGAUAAUGUCAUUGACAAGAAAACGAGCCAGUCUCGGGACUCUUUUUCACUGCGGUUAGCCAGCUCUUGGCUUAGAAACCUUACAAUCGCUGGGCAGUGGUGGAGCACGCCUUUAAUCCCAGCACUUGGGAGGCAGAGGCAGGUGGAUUUCUGAGUUCAAGGCCAGCCUGAUCUACAAAGUGAGUUCCAGGACAGCCAGGGCUAUACAGAGAAACCCUGUCUUGAAAAAAAAAAAAAAGAAAGAAAGAAAGAAAGAAAGAAAGAAAGAAAGAAAGAAAGAAAGAAAGAAAGAAAGAGAGAAAGAAAGAAAGAAAAAGAAACCUUACAGUCCUAGCAUCUAGCUACAGGAGAGAAAGCGCGUAUUCUGUCCCCCCAAAGGGAUCUAACUUAAUCCCUAGAGGCUUAUAUGGUUGGUUGGUAUCAAUGUAGGGGCACAUUUUGUAUGAUGCUUUAUUUAUCUCAUGACUUUUGCAUACAUGUUUUUUGUUUGUUCGUUUCCUGCAGCCUAGACAACUAGGAGGAGCCCAUAUCAUCUCCGUGAGGUUAAAAGAAGGAAAGUCUUCUUUUGGUUAAUUGCUUUCAUACAGCAAAAGGAACAAUGCCAGUCUAAGUACAGUUUUUCUAUAAAAUACAGGUUUGUGUAAGAAGGAUCCUAUUUUCCAGGGAGGAACACAUUUGAAAAUAAACAUCCUGAGUUCUCUUCAUCCUACACAGACAGCAAUCUGGAAAUGGAAAAUUAUAUAUAUAUAUUGUGUGAACCCUCUGUAUCAGCAGAUGGGACUCCUCAACACUACAUAGGAACCUUGCGGUGGCAGUUAGUGUGUGACACAGUUAUUGUAGUCACAAAUUAAGGUUCAGACACUCUCUCCUCUUGCCUACCACCUGCUGUCAUUAGGGAAAUCACCUUGUGGUGGGCUACUCUCAUUUUUACUGUUGUUUUAUGUCCUCACCAGCAGACGUGACAUCUUAUUUUGGUCUUUCCGGCUGCGGGCACAUGAGGCGUGGGGUAACUCCCCAUAGUCUGGGUUUUAGUGAUGGAGCCAGAAUGUACACACAGAGCACCGACUUCCAUUCCAGUCUUUCUCUUCACCGUCUGUUCAGUGAACCCACGAGUGCUGUUUAGACUCCUCCGUGGCUACCAGAUCUAAAGACCUUCCAUCGAGUCUGUGGAGAGGCUUUCAAAUACAAAAUUCAACAGUGCCUUUGUUUUUAUGAAAAACAGGUCUACUCUCAAUCUGUAACUGUUUGAUGCCAACUGCAUACACAGCACUGUUGCCACCGAAGCUCAAUGGUAGAAUCUGAAAACAUUGUAGAAGGAUCAGUCAUGAUCAUGUGACACUUUAAAACCUAAUGUGACACACACACACACUCCACUCCCCAUGUGGAAUUUCCAUGCUGUGGCCUACAAUUUUAGGUUCAGUAGAGAAUUUAAGAAAAAAAAAAAAAAAAGAUCCCUUCCAACUCUUUGUACCUAAAAGUGAUUAAUUAUUGGGUUUUCUCUGCCUUUGGUAUUUCCUGGCAAACACCUUUGAAAUCUCAGAGCCACGUGUUUAUUCAAUUAACUUCUACACCCUGUGAUCUGGGAUAAGAAGUUACAGGCCACCUUUCAGCUCCCUAGGCCACACUGAAUCUACCCCUGCAAGAGCUGAGACAGGUGCUCUCCUCUCCUCCUGCUCUGCCCUUGUUUCUUUUCCCCCUCCUCUCCCUUCCCUCUUGUCUUAAUCACUGCUAAGAUGAGAAUCUUAGCUGGUCAAAGUGGUGUACAAUGUUCAUGCCAGCAUUUGAAAAGCAGAGGCAGGCUCUUACAGGAUUGAGGCCUACAGAGUGUCUUCAAGACAGCCAGGGCUGCCUAUUGCUGUGAAGAGACACCUUGACCGAGGCAUCUUUCAUACAAGAAAGCAUUUAAUUGGGGGCUUGCGUACAGUUUUACCAGCUAAUCCUUUGUCAUCAUGUUGGGAAGCAGACAGGCAUGGUGCUGAAGCUAAGAGCUUUACAUUCUUAUUCCUCAGGUAAGAGACCUCCAACAAGGACACACCUCCCAUGAACGGGGGACUAAGGAUGCAAAUAAAUAUGAGCCUAUUGGGGCCAUUCUGAUUCAAACCAGGACACCUCCUCUCUGCUGUCUUCUCUCUCUUCUCAUUUCCUUUUUUUUUUUUUUAAAUGUCGGUCUGUGUAGAGUGUCAGCACUUUGGAACAGCAAGCAAUGGUCGUGCUUUUGCAUGCAUUGGAGGUGAGAUUUCAGUGGCAGGGUUAGUAGGAAGGCUGGGGUCACUUCCUACUGUUUAUUAAAUCUGAGAAAUUGUGACUUACGUGAAAAGUCUAAUACUUGUAUAUGUCCCAUCUACAAUAUCAAUUUGACUGUCUCCUCGGCUUCGACAAUUGGGGUUUAGCACGAUACCCUUGGCUUCAGCUUCUGUGACAUUUGGAUGUCAUGUUCAGUGCUCUACUGUGAACCAUCUGUGCUUUCACUGGCUGCUUCUGAAACAGACAUACAUAUGCUCCCAGAGGCCGGCUGGUAUCUAUGAGGUGUUUGUAAGUGUCCAUAAGCGAAAGUCAACAAGCACAGCAAACCAUACAUAAUGAAAUCUCGAUUCAGAGUGGUAGCUCUGGGCAUGGUGGCGAGUAACUAUCAUCCUAGGGAGAUGGCUAUGAGUUAGAGGCUAGCCUGGAUGACCUGGUACUACUCAGGCCUUUCUCAAAAGCAGCUGGAGGAGAGGUUGGAGAGACGGCUCAGUGGUUAAGAGCUCUGACUGCUCUGCUUUCCAGAGGACCUGGGUUUAAUCCCUAGCACCUACUGAUGGCUUACGGCCAUCUGUAACUCCAGUUCUAGGGGGAAUCUGACACCCGCUUGGGGCUUCUUAGGAUAACAGGCAUGCGUGUAAUUCACAGACAUACAUGCAGACACAAUGCCCAUACAUGUGAUUUUUUAAAAGUUAAGCCAGGCGUGGUGGCACACGCCUUUAAUCCCAGCACUCGGGAGGGAGAGGCAGGUAGAUUUCUGAGUUCUAGGCCAGCCUGGUCUACAAAGUGAGUUCCAGGACAGCCAGAGCUACACAGAGAAACCCUGUCUCGAAAAACAAAACAAAUAAAAAGUUAAAAACACCCAAGCAGGACCCAUCCCUUUAAUCCCAGUACACCGUAGACAGGCAGGUGAUCUCUGUAAGUUCACGGCCAGUCCAGUCUACAGAGUGAGUGAGUUCCAGGUCAGCCGGGGCUACGUAGUGAGACCCUUUCUCAAAAACAAAACCAAGCACACAUGCACAUGGUUAUGUCUGAGAAAAUCCAAACAACAAACCAAAAACCACAAAGUUACUGAGUGAUCAUAAAACAAUGAUUCAGUCAGUUAAAGUCAUUAUAGCCUGGCCUGCAGACAGGACACCUGCCACAUCAAUGUAGAAUUAUAGGAAGUAAUACUUGGUGUUUACUCAUAAAGAAUGGAUGCCAUAUGUUUGAUGAACCAAGAUGGGUAUCGUUUCAUGAUGAGAUUCAGAAAUUCAUUCUCAGUGUGAAAGUGUCAUUGAACAGAGAGGCAGGCAACUCUCCUUACAUUCUUGCUUCCUACUAUAUUUUCAUACUUCCCAUUUCUGCCUUUCCCUUUCUGUUUAUGAUAUAGAUUUCUGGGUAGUACAGGAACCACGGCUUUCUUGGAACACAUGACAGGCCUUGGGAACCCUUGUGUAGGUAGAAGAGCGUUUUUGACUAGACCUUAGAUCCACUCAUCUAUGAUUAGGGCUGUUACAGACACUUGAAAAGGCUAACACCUGCACACACUCCUACACACAUGCCAUAUUCCUUUUACUGUAUCUGUGAGUUGAAGAAUCAUGCACAGUUAAGGUCACUGAUUUCACAACAGCCUUGAGGGCCUUUACCUCUGACAAGACUUCUUGGGCAAAAGAGAAAGUGCUUGGCUCUAGUUUUUGUUUUUCACAGGUCAAAACUGGAAAUAUUCUCUUGAGUCCGCAGCAUAAACUCUGUGUGUGUCACUCUGUGUGUGAACAUGUGGGAACCAGGCACAGUGCUGAUUUCACUGGGUUGACAUGUUUGCAUCGUCGUUGAAAAAAACCAUGUCUACUCUUCAGAGCUCCUAAGAAGUCCCUGAACAUGGGAUGUUUUCUGUUUUGUUUGCUCAAAAAGUUGGGUGUUUUUGUUGUUGUAAUUUUAUUUGCAAAGCAAUACAUUUUUAAAAGAACAAUCCAAAGAGAAGAAAUUAUUACAGUUAGUAAAAUGGAAGACAAGAACUAAGAUGACCUGACCAUCUCAUCUUUUUAAUUGUUUUAUCUCUUGCUUUUCACCUUAAAAAAAAAUUAAAAGCUUUAAAUAUGUGUUAUUUGA